AUGGCACAUGUACCGGACAGGAGCAAAAUCUUCAAAGAAGCGUUUAAGAAGAUGAUAAAUGAAACAUUCAAGGAUAAGGAACGAAUCAAUAGGUUGAUGGCUGAUAAGGAGAGUGUUAACAGUUCGUGUAUGUUUAGUGAGGUAAGGAUGGGCACUGAGUGUGAGCAUGGUUUAGGAUGUGAAAAGGAUGGUGACCGACUUGGCGAUGAAAAUGGUGAAAAUGAUGAAAAUAAUAAUGAAAAUGAAAAUGGUGAAAAUAAUAAUGAGAAUGAUGAAAAUAAUAAUGAGAAUGAUGAAAAUGAUGAAAAUAACUCAGUUAUUUAUAAUAAUCCUACCAAUCACAUCACUAGUACCAACCUCAUCACCAUCCUCAAGCACAAUCUUUCACAGUCCUUCAAAACGCUUACCAUACACUCAAACACGGCACCAUCCCUUUCCAAUCUAUCAAACCUCAUCAACCAGCACAUAAUAAACCGGAGAGACAUAAGAAACGAGGAAUACAUACGAGAAGUGUUUAGCAGCUACAGUGCGCAGCACAAGCGUGUGCUGGUGAGCAGGUUGAGUGCAAUGAUCGAGGAUAUGAAAGGGAGGGUGGUACGGAUGAAGGAGCGUGUGAGUGAUAGUAGUGAGCGUAUGAGAAGGGUGGAUGAUGAAAGGAGCAGGGUUGGGGAGAGGUAUGUGGGGAUGUACAAGCGGUUUAGUGAUGUGAUGAUGUGA